GAAGUAUUUUUCGUAUAAUUCGACUCUUAAUCGGAAUCACUAUCAUUGAUGGAGUGACUUGAAUCUUCCUUAACGCCAAAUACAGCGAAAUUAGUAAACGUUUAUCGACAAAUUUAGUUAUGUAUGAAACUGAUCAUCAAGGAAAUAAAUUGUUCAUUAUGCGACCUGGAGGCCACGAUAUAAAGAAAGUUGUUGAUUUCAGGCUAGAUAAUGGUAAAAGAUAUUAUAAAGUUAAAUGGGAGUCAUCUUGGGAACCUGAAGAUAACUUAUUAGAUUAUCAGGUGUUUCUUGAUCAAUUUUGGGAUUUUGUUAAUCGUGUAAAAUCUGACCAGAAUCUUCUUAAUCAACCACAAAGAAAAAAGCCCCGAAUUAUUAUUACAGAUGGAAAUAAUCAUUUUAAAUCAGCUAGUACAAAAUUUAUGUUAAACACAAGAGAACACAUUGAAAGUGAAACUGUUUCACUAUAUAAAAACAAUUCCUUAGAAAACUCAGAUAAUGAACACAAUGAUCAGGUGGAAAAUGGAUUUUUUACCCAGGAUCCCCAGCGAACAUCAAAUCAUUCAAAAUCUACUCCCCAAAUACUUAUUAAAACUGAACACAAUGAAAUCCCUCCUGAUCGCCCAACUAUGGUUGGGAGUCUACCAGAAAAGUUUUCUCCACGAAACUCUACCAAUAGUAGAAGCAAUCUUAACACUAUGAAUACAGAUUUAAUUCAAGGAAAAGAUGAAAAAAAUAUGUUACUCUGUGACAAGAAGUCUCAUCAAUGUCCACAAUGUGGGAAAAUAUUCAAAAGGCGUGAUGUAAUGAUUCGUCAUGAACGCACACAUACAAACAAUUUCUGCUAUUUUUGCUCAUGUUGUGGUCGCGGAUUUAUGCGACGCUAUGUUUUGCUUAAACAUCUCAAGCGUGAACACAAUACUGAAGACCAAUCAAAAGUUUUGUCAACUAAAGUUUCUAAAAUCUCAAGCUCCCCUGAUGUUUUUAUUGGUUACGGCUCUGAUGUUACAUUAUCUGAAAAUCUUGGUGUUGAAACAGAUGUAUAUAAAUAUAUGAAAAAUAGAAACGCCAGCGAUGAUUUUAUCCAAAUUCAAACUAAUUAUGAACCCAGUGAAGAUGACCAAAAGUCUCUUGAUGAAGAAGAUUCAGAGAAAUCUGUAUCAAAUAAAAAAUCAAAAGAUUUAAAUCAUGGCAUAGAUGAACAAGAUGAAACUAAUCUAACAUUAACAGAGGACGGUAUACAUAUACCAGAGAGUCAUAAAAAUGAAGCUGAAUUGUUUGUAUUGAAGAGUUUGUCCUUAGGAGAUAAUGAAGAAAAGAGUUUAAUAGAUAAAUCAUUAAAGUCUAAAAAUGUUUAUGGUAAUAAAAAAGAAGAAAUGGGCAAUCAAAGUUUAUUAGUAGCCAUCAAAAAUGAGAGGUGCGCAUAUUCUCAGGACAUGAAUUCAAACCCUCAAAACUUAAAUUCUCUGGACAUAAACACAAACUUCCAAGACACAUUGUGAUUAAUGUUAUUUCUAAAGAUUGUGUAAACACAAAAAUACUGUGUUUAUAAAGACAUGCAUUAUAAUAAUAUAAAUAUAUCAUUUUUUUCAAAAUUAAAGUAUUUAUAGCAGUAGCAUUUA